AUGGACACUGUUCUCUCAACCUCCAAGUCUGGCGGUGCCACUACAUUUCUCUUGCUCCUCUUCGGCAUCACAAUGGCCGCGCUGUAUGGCCUCUACCGUGCUAUCCUUCCAAAACCCAUCGAGGGCAUCCCGUAUAACCACGAUGCCGUUCAAAAGCUGUUUGGGGACGUACCCGAGAUGAUGGCCUAUAUCCUGCGCACGAAGCGCAUCUUUUGCUGGCUCAGUGCCCUCAACGAGCGCCACAGCAGUCCCAUCGUCCAGGUCUUUGUCAAGCCCAUGUCGCCUCCGUGGAUCGUGUUGACGGACCCGCUCGAGGUCCAGGACAUCCUGCUCCGGCGCACGAGAGAGUUUGACCGCAGCCGUUUCGUCGGCGACCUAAUCGACGGCAUCCUGCCGCAACAGCAGUUGCACUUCCUCUCGACCGACCACCGCUUCAAGCGCAACCGUGCCCUCGUCAAUCACCUCAUGGGCCCGACGUUCAUCAGCACCGUGAGCGCCCCCGAGGUCUACCACGCUGCAAUUUCGAUGGUCGAGGUCUGGGAGCUCAAGUGCGACCUCGCCGCCGGCCGCCCCUUUGCUGCCCACGCUGACAUAACCGCCCUGGGGCUGGACUCCAUCUUUGCCAGCUCUUUUGGGCUCGAGGAAACCGAGAGCAACAUGUUCCUGCGGCUCGGAGCCUUGCAACACAGUAGCAGCAGCGGUAGCGCCAUCAUUGACACCCCAAUGCCCUUCCCCGAAGAGGCCCCAGUGCCGGCCAUCUUUUCCGCCAUCCUGACCCUCGCAGACUCUGUCACCAACUCUCAGCUCUCGCCCGCGCCCCGCCUCACCUCGUGGGUAGUCCGCAAGCUGCCCUACAUGCGACACGCCAUGGCCAUCAAGGACAGCUACAUUGCAGACCGGACGGCCGAGUACAUCGCCCUGAUCGAGUCAAAAGACAGCACCACGCCCCGCAGCGCCCUGCACAGCGUACUCCUCCGCGAGCGCGACCUUGCUGCGCGCGAGGGCCGCCGCCCCGACUACCACAGCCGGGCCAUCGCCGACGAGUUCUUCGGGUUCAUGACGGCAGGCUACGACACAAGCGCCACAACGGUAUCAUGGGGCGUCAAGCUGCUCGCAGACCACCCAGAGGCGCAGUCCCGGCUGCGAGCUGACCUGCGCGCAGCGGUGCCCGCGGCGGCGGCGGCGCAGGGCCGUGCGCCGACGCACGCAGAGCUGGACGCGGCGUUCCGCACGACGCCCUAUCUGGACGCGCUCGUCGACGAGGUGCAGCGCCACGCCAACACGAUCGCCAUGGUGGUGCGCCAGGCGCAGGUCGACACGACGGUGCUGGGGCGGCGCAUCCCCCGGGGCACAGAGGUGUUCAUGCCGGCCACGGGCGCGGGGUACAAGACGCCCAACAUGCCGGUGCGCGACCACGAGCGCAAGCCUGGGGCGCGGCGGGCCGAGGGGAAAGCGCUGACGGGCACGUGGGACGAUGCGGACAUUGCUGUCUUCAGGCCGGAGCGCUGGCUCAAGAGGGACGCAGCCGAGAACGGCGCCGAGGUCUACGAUCCCAUGGCUGGGCCGCAGCUGGCGUUCGGGCUGGGCCCGCGCAGCUGCUUUGGCAAGAGGCUGGCCGUGCAGGCGCUCAAGAUCCAGUUCGCCCUGAUUGUGUGGCACUUUGAGCUGCUCAGGUGUCCUGCGAGCCUGAGCGGGUACGAGGGCGUGCAGAGGUUCGCGCUCGAGCCGGUGCAGUGUUAUGUGCGGCUGGCGAGGGCGUCGUCUUGA